AUGAUUUUGGGUCAGUGCGUCCGAUUGACACUGACACUGGGACACGACCUACUUUCAGGACAUAGGAUCUCAUCUGUUGAACGAUCGCACAAAACAAAACCUCCCGUGCCCUACUUUCCCUUUCGCCGCUCCUCCCCUCCCGCCGCGCUGUCGCUCCUCCUUCGCCCACCGUUGCUCACGCGCCGCCGCUCCUCCCCUUUCGCCGCGCGCAGUCCCGACAUUGCCGCCGUGUGUUCUCACCGCCGCCGCAGCCGUUUUCUGGUCCCACCAGUGAUUUCGCAGCGUCUUCCUCUCGGUCGUGAACAGAGUUCGCCGGCUGCCGCAUCGUUCCCUCUGACGACAAGAGAGAGAAUGGCAUUGAGGCGUCCAUUGGGAUUGUCAAAUGGGGAGUUGAUGCGAUCAGACUGCAAGCCUUGCACACGUUUGAUGCGACACACAGCUGGCAUCUUCAGUGUUGGUGGUGCCCUUUCAUUUUGGAUCCUUUGUCGUAUCCACUACGGACCACGGAUAACCAUCCCACGAACUCUUCGGUGGGCUUCAUGCGGUGCAAUAGCGGCGAGAUCCUCGUCUGCUUUGCUCGUUCGGCUCUUUAGUCCAGAAUGUGAACCUCAAAACAUUGCUGCUGUUCAACUCCCUAAGUGAGCUUUCGACUUCUCCGGCGGAAUGUCUUAUAUCCUUAAAAUUAAGGACAUGCAAAUUGAAAUCCAGAAUUUUCAAACUGAAUUUUAAAUAAAUGAUUGUCAAUUGUGGUGUAAUAUUUAGACGGUGACUCCCAGAUGCAAAUUGAACUUCAAGUCGAAUGUAUGCUGAGCUUUGCAGUCCUGGAA